CCCCACGGCUGGACCUCAUAUUCAUGAUCUCUUUUGUCUCUCUCUCUCGAAUUGAUUGACAUAUCUUCAACUUAGCAGUUCCUAUAUUCAUCAUGGCGAACAUGCCCAUUGUGCUCGACGGAGGAACGGGUUUCCUCAAAGUCGGAUAUGCUGCGCAGAACUUCCCCGAGCACCAGUUCCCUUCGAUAGUGGGGCGGCCCAUCUUGCGAACGGAGGAACAGGCUGGCGAUAUUGUUGUCAAGGAUAUCAUGUGCGGAGAUGAAGCCGCUGCCGCCAGAUCGAUGCUCCAGAUCAGCUACCCUAUGGAAAAUGGUAUCGUCAAGAAAUGGGAUGACAUGCAACAUCUAUGGAACUACACUUUCUACGAUAAGAUGAAGAUAGAUCCUACCGGCCGCAAGAUCCUCCUCACUGAGCCGCCUAUGAACCCGCUGAAGAACCGCGAACAGAUGGCGGAGAUCAUGCUGGAACACUAUAACUUCGGCGGAGUAUAUGUUGCUAUCCAAGCGGUCCUUGCACUAUAUGCUCAAGGUCUCAGCAGCGGAGUUGUCGUGGACUCUGGUGACGGUGUCACCCACAUCAUUCCUGUUUAUGAAUCUACCGUUCUAAAUCACCACAUCCGCCGACUGGACGUCGCAGGUCGCGAUGUCACUCGGAACCUCAUCGCGCUGCUACUCCGCCGCGGUUAUGCGCUGAACCGUACAGCCGACUUCGAGACCGUGCGCCAGAUGAAGGAGAAGCUCGCCUAUGUGUCCUGCGACCUCGAACUCGAUAGGAAACUCUCCGAGGAGACCACUGUAUUAGUUGAAUCCUACACUCUCCCAGACGGCCGUGUCAUCCGAGUCGGUAGCGAGCGGUUUGAAGCCCCUGAAUGUCUUUUCCAGCCGCACCUGGUGGAUGUUGACCAGCCUGGUAUGGCUGAGUUGCUUUUCAACACCAUCCAAGGCACCGAUGUCGACGUCCGCUCUAGUCUAUAUAAAGCCAUCGUGCUCAGCGGAGGGAGCAGCAUGUACCCUGGUCUACCGACACGGCUGGAGAAGGAAUUGAAGCAGCUGUGGUUGACACGAGUACUCAAAGGCGAUCCAGAACGGCUGAGCAAAUUCAAAGUCCGCAUCGAGGACCCACCCCGACGGAGGCACAUGGUAUUUUUAGGAGGAGCUGUGCUCGCCAAUCUGAUCGCAGACAAGGAAGACAUGUGGGUUACCAAGCAAGAGUGGGAGGAACAAGGAGCACGCGCGCUCGCCAAACUCGGUCCAAGGUAGAAAGAGUGCUCUCAAGGCAAUGCUUUACUUCGAUUACCACAAGCGCUCUUGUUUCUCAUCACAUUUCGCUCAUCUUAUUCUUGUAUCCGAGAAGGAACUCUCGAGCUCACCUCAUUUUGUGCUGGGUUGCCCGUUGCCUCAAGCACCUUCAAAACCUGCUUCCUUCCUUUCUUGUGGAUAUACAUAUAGCAUCUUCGGCACAGGCACUUUGUAUCAGGUCGGCCGAGUAGCUACUUUCUAUAAAGGGUUCUGUCCAUCUAAUGUACUGUGGAAUACCUCAUAGGCGGGGUUUGCAACGAGAA